GUGAAUGAUCGAGGCUCGGCGAUCAGCGCCGUGAAUAAUUUCUGGCUCAAAAGUUUGGUGAGUGAGAGGCUUUCUGUGCAUGCUCUUGAUGAAAACCCCUUCAUUCGACAUAGCCAAGGUCGAGAUCUACCAUGGACUACGCUCGACUCGCUCCUCUACCUUCUGCUCCGAGAGCAUCUUCUUCGACGACUCCUCACUCCCGGCAUUUCCACUCUUUCCGUCAUCCCUUGUUCAUCAAGCACCCCAGUCCCAUCACUCACAUUCACUUCUGUCCUACCAAACCUCAUCGAUAUGCAAUCAGCUCUGCGUCUAGAGUACUCAUAUACGCCCCUAGGACUGGCAAGGUAGUCAAGACUAUCUCUAGAUUCAAGGAUGUCGCUCGAUCGGGAGAAUUCAGGAAAGACGGCAAGCUCGUCGUGGCGGGUAGCGACGAAGGCGUGGUACAGGUGUUCGAUGUUGGCAGUCGAGCCGUGUUGAGGACCUUGAAGGAGCAUGAACAACCGGUUCAUGUCACCCAUUUCUCACCUCAUGACUCGCACGUUCUGUCCGCUUCCGACGAUACGACCGUCAAGAUAUGGGAUAUAUCUACUCAGACUUGCUUGCAUACUUUAAGCGCCCAUUCAGAUUACGUUCGAUCAGCACUCUUCCACCCUUCUUCCCCACACUUGAUCCUGUCCGGAUCCUACGACUCGACCUUCCGUGUCCACGAUGUCCGUCUGCCUCCAGAAAAUUCCAAUACAAUCACCAUGCGACAUGGAGGCGCGCCAAUAGAAGACAUCCUCGCUUUCCCAUCUGGCGGAGUCGGGGUCACGGUCGGAGGGCCCAUCCUCCGAGUCUGGGAUCUCAACAUGGGCAAAUGCGUUCGAGCACUCAGCAAUCAUCAAAAGACCGUCACUUGCGCCACAUUUGACGGCACGCACUCUCGGGUCCUGACGGGCGGAUUGGACAUGAUGAUCAAAGUCUAUGACGUGGAGGAAUGGAAAGUCGUCCAUACGAUGCGAUAUCCUGCUCCUAUCUUGAGUCUUGCCGUCUCUCCAGAUGAUACACAUAUUGCUGCGGGCAUGUCAGACGGGACUUUAUCAGUCAGACGUCGAGACCCCAAAGCUUCCGAAGCGUCUGCUCCGAUACUACCCACUCAACUCGGCGAAAUGGAACAAAUCUUUACCACGGGACAUAUCAAGAUGAAGCGAGCAGAUCUCCCUCCCGUCAUCGGACCGGCCGACGAGUUCAAAGUCGAGGGCAGGAGGAAGGAGAAACUGAAAGAGUUUGAAAAGUUUCUCAAGGCUUUCAAAUACUCUGCGGCUUUAGAUGCCGGCUUAAAGAAGAGUGUCCGACCUUCCACUACUUUCGCUCUGAUCCAGGAGCUCAUCCAACAGGAUGCUCUACGGAUAGCACUCGGCGGUCGAGACGAUGUCACACUCGAGCCUAUCCUCGCCUUCCUCGUUAGGCACCUUACUGAUCCGCGGUUCGGGCAAAUGGCCAGUCAAGUAGCGGGUGUCGUCAUUGACCUAUACACUCCAGUCCUCGGACAAUCUUCCGUCAUUGAUGAGAUGCUGGGAAGAAUUCAAAAUCGAGUUGAGCGAGAGCUCGGCUUUCAACGGGAGUUGAUGAAGCUCAAGGGAGCAUUGGACAUGACCAUGGCUCAGGCCGCGGCGACACGCAUCGCUACUGCAUGAAAAUC